UCACUACACGCUGCCGAAGGUCGGUGUGAAAGCUGAGCUGUGUGACCCCUGUUCGGUCCUGUUCCUUCUACGCUACUUCCAGCACGUUCCAGCCGUCAUUCGUGUUCACCAUGGGCUGGGAAACUGUCCUGUACAGCGUUCUAGCUGGGGUGGUCACAGCGCCGAUUCUGAUCAAGCUGUUCUACCCGCAUUUCCUCACGGACGCCAGGUUCAUCCUCAAGUCCCUCCCUAUCACCAAACUGGAGAGGAACAUCAAGAACAAUGUGUCCAUCAUCACCCGUUUCAUCCAGCAGGCUGCAGCCCGACCGGACAGGCGGUUCCUCAUGUUCGAGGAGGAGGUGUACACCUACAGGCAGAUGGACCGGUGGUCUAACAGGGUCGGACACUUCUUCCAUGGGCAGGGGCCGCGCGCAGGUGAGACAGUCGCCAUCUUCAUGCUGAACGAGCCAGCGUACCUGGCCGUGUUCCUGGGACUGUCCAAGCUGGGGACGACCAGCGCCUUGCUCAACAGCAACCUCCGGUCCAAGUCGCUCCUCCACUGUUUUAACGUCAGCGGGGCCAAGAACCUGAUUGUGGGGAAAGAGGAAGCUCUCAGAAGCGCCAUCUUGGAGAUUCUGCCAGAACUGCAGCAGCAGGGUGUAACAGUGUGGGUCCUGGGUGACCAGGUCCAGGAGAAUGGGCUGCUGCCAUUGGAGGAGAGGGUGGAAGCAGCAUCUGGUGAACCAAUCCCAGAAGAGCUUAGAGCAGACAUCAAAAUGAAAGACAUUAUGGCAUACAUCUACACCUCAGGCACAACAGGUCUCCCCAAGGCAGCCAAGGUGUCCUAUGCGCGGAUGGUGUACGCUAGCAUGUUCUUUGGCCUGAGUGGAGCUACAAAAGAUGAUGUAGUGUACUGUGCCCUGCCCCUGUACCAUAGUGCAGCCCUGUGUAUAGGAUUGGCAGGAACAGUAGAAACAGGCUGUACCUGGGUGCUGAGGAGGAAGUUUUCAGCCUCCAAGUUCUGGGACGACUGCAGGAAGUACAACGUGACGGUGGUGCAGUACAUCGGGGAACUGCUGCGCUACCUCUGUGCUCAGCCAAAACGAGCGAAUGACAAGGAUAACCAGGUGUGGGGCGCGCUGGGUAACGGUCUUCGUCCCGAGGUCUGGUCGGAGUUCCAAGAGAGGUUCGGUGUCAGCGAUGUGGUGGAGUUCUACGCUGCAACGGAAGGAAACGUCGGCUUCGUCAAUGUUCUCCAGAAGUUUGGCGCUAUCGGGUACGCCUCUCCUCUGAUGAGGAAAUUACGACCGUGCAACUUCGUGAAGUACGACGUGGCGACUGGAGAGCCUAUCAGGGAUGAGAACGGGUGGUGCAUCGAGACCAAGCCAGGUGAGAACGGCCUGGUGAUCGCGCCCAUCACACAGAGGACGUUUUUCGACGGCUACGCGGGGAAGAAGGCCCUGAGUGAGAAGAAGAUCCUGCGUGACGUCUUCAAGAAGGGAGACGGCUACUUCAACAGCGGAGACGUUCUGUUCAUGGACACAGACUACUUUGUUUACUUUGUAGACAGACUCGGAGACACGUUCAGAUGGAAGGGAGAGAACGUGGCGACCACCGAGGUGAGCCAGGUCCUGUCGGAACAUGAACCCAUCCAGGAGGCGAACGUCUACGGAGUCAAAAUACCAGGUUAUGACGGGCGGGCGGGAAUGGCGUCGAUAAUAGUCCGUCCCGACCACAGCCUGGACCUCCCUAAGUUGUACGAGCACGUCGCACAGUACCUCCCGCCCUACGCUGUCCCGCGAUUUCUCCGGAUGCAACAAGCCAUCGAUGUUACUGGGACCUUCAAACAGAAGAAGGUCGCGUCUGUAGAAGAGGGCUUCGACCCACGGCAGGUGAGUGACCCCCUCUACUUCAUGGACACCAGCAGUAAAACCUACCGACCUGUAGACCAGGACUUGUACGACAAGAUCAUCAAGGGAGAGGUGACCGUCAACUGAUGAACUAGACAUGCCAUACUGUAAAUGCAUUUAAGUUCGCGGGGAUUUAAUAUCGCGGUAGCGGGAAAAAGGACUUUUGCUAACAUUUCGAUGUCUCUCAGAUACCUUCCUCAGAGCUUUUGACUGAAGUUCUGCUUCUUGCCGCAAUUUGUAGCCAAUGUUUACUAUAGGUGGCGCUUAUGCAAAGAGAACACAAUCCCAAACGUGGCUGAGUUUACAUGUAUAUCCCCCCUCAUGAGAACAAAUUGGAUGUGUAAAAGAAUUCUCCGAUAUUCUAGAAGCACAAUGAUACUAUGGUAUUUAUUGUAGAAUUUGGAAUGACAAAAAUUAGAAGCCCUAAUUAGCUUGGUGACCAAAUGACCAACAUUUUUGGUGACAAAAUUGCUGACAAAUAGACCUAUUUUCAUCUUUUUGUUGGAAAUCUGCACAAUGAUCUAGGAGGACCAAAAAAUUAUGAUGAUAAAAAAGACUUUUGAGGGGAUAAUAUUUUUGGCCUCAAUAUAUCAUUUAAGACAUUUAUUGACAGAUUAUUAUUAGUACUAUAAAUGAUAAACAGACAAGGCAGCUUUUUUGCAGUUAUUGCAGAUAGCCUAAAAAGCUUGGUUUAUUUUCUGUUGUAAUGUACAUGUAGAUAGGAGUAAAUAUGGUGUAAGAAAUUUAAAGUAAUUUUCUAGCCAACAAAAAUAAGAUGUAAAUUUCAGAUACUACUGUAAAUCUUGAAAAUGUGGUUUUGCUUUUGUCAUUUAUUUCUGUAUGCAAUCUCCAGCCAUGAAAUCAUAACACUGCAAAAAUGUGAUUUGCCAUUAUGAUAAUGAUUCUACUUUACUUCAGAAUUCUUUCAACUACAAACCUCAAACACUGUGAAAACAUCUGUUAUCCAAAAUCAUGAAAUAAAACCACUGUACAGCAAAAGUCAUUCAUUAACAGUGCCACUAUUACAAUUCUGCAUGAUGUAUAUUUUUUACAUGCUGCAUUUUGCAAGUAGAUAAAUGUAUGCUGGGCAAUGGUUAGCCUAUUGAGCAAUGCAAUUUUUGUACCUUGUAUUUUGUCUACCUCUAAAGAAUCAGAAAAUAGUAAAUUUGGCUCGCCUAAUAUAAUUAUAAGGGGAGUGACAUUCAUUUAGGUACCACUUUGUUUCUGUAUUGGAACUCUGGUUGUGAAUUUGCUAAAACUUUGGUGCUUUUAUCAUGGUGGUAAAUUUUACACUUUCUGUACAUUUAUACAAAUGUAUAUCAUUGCCAAUGCAUCUAAUGAGACUCCUUAGAAAUGUGUCAUAUUUGUCUCUUUGCGUUUUAAGACGUCAUGCAGUAACUGACCAUGUGCCAUGCAGAUAUCUCCACCCUUCCACUUCCCAAUACACUAGAGGGACGACUGAGAAUUAACAGUAUUGCAGAUUACUUUGUGCUAAUCAUGAAUAAUUGUGUACAAAAAAACAAGCCAAAUCAUGUCAUUGAUAAGGUCAUAUUCUAUUAUGGGAUGUAGAACAUUUAUCUUUUUCACAGAAUAUCUUUUUUU